AUGUCGAAAAACAACAUUCAAAGAGAAACUAUCAUUGUACCAAAACCACCAACUGUCGGAAACGCUAAGGAAGUAGAGUUUGAAAGACUUCUUGGUCAAAUCAAAAUUAAAAUAAUCGAAUAUGAACAAAAGAGUCAUGGAUCCAGCGAUAAUUCGACAAUUUUAAGUGAAGUAUUGUAUGAACAGGUGACUCUAACAACUUUCCACAAUUUACCACAUAUUGAUGCCGAAAGGAUCAGCACAAUUCAAAAAAAAUUAAACCACCAGAAAGACAAAUUACAUCAAAUUAUCGGUAACGAAGAAUUGCGGAAGCUUUGCGAACUUAAAGGAGCAAUAACUGAAUUGAAAAUGAGAGAACAAAUGGACGCUCAAUUUCAAUAA